UUCUGAAUGUAAAAUCAACAUGUGUAAUGUUUAUCAUGUUUAACUCUAGAUUUCUAUCUUAAAAUACUAUGAAUCAGGACUGUAGCGAUGUAAAUGAUAGAAAUAAUGACUUAGUAAAUAAUAAUUGUCCACAAUGGCAGAAAAUUGACUCGGAGAACAGCGAAGUAGACGGAUCCGACGGACAACACCAGUGUGUUUACAAUGAAAAUGAAGGUGGGAAGAAUUUGAUUGGCAAUAAUGGGAUAGAGAUGACAACUCGACCUGGGGAUGCACAGGCCAAACGCAAGCUUGGAAACAUCGAAGAACGAAUUGAAACCUCUGUUAGUCUUGAGGGCAAAGAUAGAAUAUCUAAUAUUUUGGGUGAAGUGAGCCAGUUGUCUGAUGUUGAAAAGUUACUAUUAUAUCUGAAACUUCCUACAGGUUCUGCUACAGAAGAAGUUUUGAGGCAAACACCAAAUUCUUUUCUACAUUCGUCAAAUAGAGUAGAACAAGCUCAAGCUUUUACAUGGAUAAGAAGUCAUUUAGAAGAAGACGGUGAAAUCUGUGUUCCGAAACAUGAAGUUUAUGAUGAUUAUAAAGAGUACUGUGACAGUCAUGAUAGGAAGUUUUUAUGUCCAGCAGAUUUUGGGAAAGUUAUGAAGUGUGUAUUUCCAAAUGUGAAAGCCAGACGACUUGGACAAAGAGGACAGUCCAGAUAUUGCUACAGUGGGUUACGGAAAAAACUUGAAGUUCAGCCACCAUCAUUACCAGAAUUGGAAGUUAGUUCAAGAAAGAUAAAGGAUGAAGGUAGUGAAGAGGAUGAAUUGUUUUUGGCAUCUUGUCAACUUGUUUGUGAAUGGGCUCAAAAAUUACUGGGUUCUCAUUUCAACAGCCUUGGAGAGCUAUCAGAAUACUUGGUUGGUAACCAUUAUGUUAACAGCAAGUCAAUGGCAGCCUUUACGGUUCUUGCAGCUAUGCAGGACUCGGGAAUGCACAGUUCUAAAGUUCCUGUUUCUAUGCUGUUUUCAAGUCCGUCCAAUGGAAAUAAGCACAGAGAAACCCAACUGCAGUUACAAAGGAAACUGCAGGAAAGAGAAAUUCUUAAAGAACAGAAAAAAAUUCUUCAACAGCAGAAAUAUGAGAAUGAGCAAGAGCAUGAACAACUAAUACAAUCAAGAGGACUCAUUUUGUCUCCCAAAAAUCUGAAACAAUCAUUCCAAGGAAAAGGUGCUGCACGUGACAUAUCCAAACUUCUUCAAUCACCCAAUAGUGAUUCGUCUAAAAACAGACGGCGUUCACUUAGUGACAGUCAGUCAAAUGAAACAAACUCUGCUACCACCAAUGGUAGAAACACUGUUGAUAUAUCUGUGCUCAAUUCUGCUAAACAGAAAACCACUGAACCCAGUGAACCAGUUAUUAUGUGUUCAGAUAGUGCUACUGUUGUGAAUGUAGGAAAAGAUAAUUAUCCCAUUACAUCUCAUAAUAAUAUAUUUACCAAUACAUCACUUUCUACUUGUGAAUCAUCCAGUUCAUCUCAACAACCUUAUAGUGUUGUGCAAAAACGAUCUGUGAUACAAGUCAUUGGUCAUAAAUCAGACGAAAAUAAAAACAUUACUAGAGGUGAUUCUCAAGCAAUGGACACUAAUGAAAAAGAAAAUAUUACUCAAUAUUCAAAUUAUGCUAUAUGUGUAGAUAAUAGUGCUAUGUCCAACGAAAACAGUAUAAUCAUUUUACCAUCCACUCCUUCCACUCGAAGUGCUUUUGUUCCAGUCUCAAAUCAAAGGAAAGAAUCAGCCUUCAGUAAUGAUCCGUCCGUAUCUCUUGGAGUAACAUUGUCUGAAAAGAUCCAGAAUGAUCAAGAAAUGACCUAUGAUAUACUCAAAUCUGAAAACACACAGCAAAUAACACUAGAUUCUUCAUCGGGUUCACAAGUCUCAUCUACUGUUCAAUCUAAAUCACUGUCCCCACAAACACCUAGAAAAUCCAAAAAUAGAUUUACACCAAUCAAACCUAAAGUUACACCUACAAAAACAUCAGUUUCUCAAAAACCUCCAGCUGAAGCACCAACUUAUGACAGCAGACCUGUUGCAGCCAUUUUGAAAGAGAAAAGAGCUAAAGAAGCUCAAGAAGUGAGAACACAUUUCACUACUAUUCCAACUCCACAAGCAACUAGCACUGUAACUGGAUCUUUACCAGUUGUAGCACCACAAAUCUUAAGAAUUCCAGCAUCUGCUGCAGGUACCAAAACAAAUGACGUUCUUAUCAUAUUAGGUUCAUCUGCACAGCAGAGCAUGACCACAAAAAACAGCACCAUUGUGUCGCCAUGUCAAACUGUUACUACCACUGCCAUAACCAGUAUGUCAACACACAAUCAUGCCUCUUCCAAGGAAAAUUCAGGCAUUUUGACAUUCUACCCUGCAAGUCAAAACCAAAUGAAAAGAUCUUCCAAUAUUAGCACUGUUAGGAGUAGUAUGGAACCCACAACCAUCACUACUUCAACAAUAGUUUCAAGUCAGGAAUACGUAAGACCAACAAACAUACAGCCCAAUAUUUCCCAAAGUUCUAAAAACAGUACAUACACUGAGAUGUCUGAGAUAAGUUUUAACCAAAUUGAAAAUUCAUGUAAACAGCCAGAAAUGACUAUGAUGGAAGUCAGUAAGUCUGAAAAUGACACACUUAACAGGAAGCGCAAAAGCUCUGACCAAGGGUCAGCUUUGAUUUCAAAGAAAACAAAUUCUAUGAUGGAGAGCAAGCAAAAAGGAGAAACAUCUGAGAAUGUAAACCAGUCAAAGCAUGGAAGAAGUAUAAACCAAAGCUGCAAAUUAGUAUCUAAAGGUGUUACCAACUCACAUGCUGAAACAAAUAUACAACUUUUAAGCAAUAAUCUUAAUCUUGAGAGCUUGGAGCACGAUGCUCUGCUAGAUUCAAAUUCAGUGGCAGUUGAUAAGAAUCUUUGUCAGUCCGUUAACAGAAACUCUAAAACAGAAACUUCUUCCAUCGGUAUUAGUGCUAAAUCUCUUCGUCCAUCUCAAAAACAGCUUAUGAAAGAAAAGAUGCAGCUUGAUGAAAGAAUUCAUAAUUUUUUGAACAAACUUGUGGAUGUAGACCCUCCAGAAGUUAGCAAAAGUGUGGAUCCACAAUCUAAAAAGCCUGAAAAACAAAAGCAAGGUAGUUGUCAUCCAGUAAAUCUUCUUUCUCUGCUAAAAAAGCCUAUUAAAUUAGAUAAUCCUAAUCUCCUUAGAAGUAUUCAUCAGCCCGCAAAAUCUUUGUCUAAAGAACCACCAUCUCCACUGCCAAGUAGAUCAAUUGAAGCUAGAAUGAACAUGGAUUAUAUCCCAAAGAGGCGAAAUGAGGAUUUUACUCAGAGUAAAAUUGUAGAAUUACUGGGUAGACCGAAGAAUAAGAAAAUAAAAGAUGAAGACAAGAAACCAGAGAAAGAAGUGGAGCAUACAGCUCAAAUGGAGUGUGUUGAAACCCUUGAUAAGUUAGACACUAAAUGUGGCUACAAUGAUAAUACAGAUGAGGGAGAACUUCCAUCUGAUGUAGCUGAGUUUGUCACUGAAGCUCUGACAGCCAGGGCACAAAGCAGGGCUUCAAAUUAUUCCACAGAAGGUGCAGACCAGAGUUUCAAUGACAGUACAUGUAACUUGAGCAAUAAACCUGAAGGAAUGAAUGCCGAUUUAAUCUGGACUGAGCCACCUAAUGUUACUCUAAAAACAACAGAAAAAGACCAGCAAGAGCCAUUUAUUGUACCAAAUACACCACCUAUCAGGCAAAACAGACCUGAGUACUUUAACGCCAAAUAUAAACUUCAACCUGUGCAGAGAAGUAUCUCCAUGCCUGUUUUCACUGUACCUUCAAACCCACAGCAACCACAAUCAUUUCCAGCACAGCAACCCAAUGUUAGGAUAGAAGCUGUAUCUCCAGUUAAUGCCAUAACUCAGAAGCCAAUUUCUCCACAUGACUUUACUACUCCUCCAAGAAAACCUAUAAGGAGGCAGAGGCAGCAUUCAGUAGAGCAGUUUAAGAACCAAACCCUAAUAUCUGAUGCUGGCUAUCAUAGCUUUAACACCAGCCCUGUUAUGAAUUCCACACCAGUACCAUCCACUGAAGUGACACUUGUAUCAGAGAGCUAUAUUGGAAGAUCAGAAUCAUCUCAUAGCAUAACCACAGACCAACAAAUUGUUAGCCCUAUUUCACAUACAUCACCACAUCCAAGGCCAAGUGCUACAUCAACACCAUCUUCUAUUAUGUCUCCACAUUGCUUAUCACAAGGCAGCAUAAAUCAAAGUCCUGUUGAAUAUAUAGGUUCCCCCAAUGCAUUCAUGCCAAUACAAGGCAUGAGCACAGGUGUUGGACCAUUGAUUAAUCCACGUAUUGUGACUCCUAUCAGACCGGUAGUUACUUUAGCAGAACCAUCCAUGACAGGUACCUCUGCUGCAAGUGCAACAGCUAAUCAGUUAUUAAAUAUCAUGAAAAAAGCUCCGGGGUUAACUAAGGCAGCUUUACAGACACAUCAGAGGCUGUUAGCUCAACAGCUUGAUCCCAGUGGUUUUGUUUCUUUAAACCCUUCCAGUUUCAAUAACCGGUUUGUUAUUACCAACACCAAUGGAGAUACAGUUCCUCCAAAUUUAUCACUCAUUAAUGCCAUUCGAUUACAAUCUGAAUCUCCUAUACAACGAAGUCCAAGUGUAUCCUGUUCAACACCAGAUGAUGAUAUGAUUAUAGUUUCUCCGAAACCCAAAGAAAAUAUUUCUCAUCAGAGAAGCAGUUCCAAUUCCAGAACAACAUCAACAGAGACAUCAACGUUACCAACUUAUGAAGAAGCAUUAAAGCAGAUUGGGAGAACUCCAUCCUCCAAAAAGCAUAAUCCAAAAGAAUCUAUAAUAGAAUGUGUUACUCCUGUAGUUGUAACUACAUCAAGUGAUUCAUCUCAGUUACUUACAAGAAUUUUAACAGGGGAAAGUAAUGCUCAGGAAAAUACAUCUGAACCUGUAUUGUCCAAAGAAUAUCCAUUUUCAUAUCAGCUGGCACUGUUACAUGAAAAAAUACAGACACCAUUGCCUGUACCUAUUUCUAAGCAAGUUUCAGUUUCGUCAGAACCUGACAAAGUCUUCUUUGAUAAUUUAUCGGAUUUAAUUGGAACUUUGGAUUCUCCUACACAAUUUACGGUUGCUAGUUCUCUAGAUGAUAUAAAUUCAAAUUUUCAAACUGUGUCUGGUAAAAUUCUUAUCGAUUCUAGAAGUGAUGAUGUUAGAAAAUCUCAAAAUCUGUUGCCAUCUGAACUUCAAGUGAAUGGCCAAAUUUCGGGUGAUCAACUAGCAGGAUUGUAUCCUGCUUAUGAUUUACCAAAUGUGAACUAUAUUGGUAGUGCUCCUAAUAUUGAUUUAAGUAACAUAUUACAUAAACCAAGCACUAAAUCCACACCUGUAUUCUGUGAUAACAAUCAAACUGUAACAAAACCGAUUGUAAAUGACAAUUCAGAACGAACAAAUGAUUCAGAUCUACCCCCAUAUAUGGAUAUUUUAAGUUUAGGAGGACAGUAUUUUUCCAAAGCUGAAUUAGACGUUGAAAAUCUUCAUUCUACAUUACCGUCUUCAUCAGAAACAAUAUCAUCAGAUCAACCACACUACAGAAGUGAAACUUUAUCUAGUUGACAUCUGUUUCAAAAGAAACUUUGACUUCAUUGUGUAACUAUAAUAGUGCUGAUAUUAUUCGUGUAUGAUUAUUUAAUGAAAUCUUAAUAUUCGUAAUUGUAUAUGAUAAGUAUGGAUUUUGUAUGCUAAACAGUUUCUUGUAUGAUAAACAGUUCUUUGCAUACUAAGGAUCAUAUUCACCGCUUAUUUACUUUAGCUAAAGGGGCAGUCCUGUAAAAAAAAGUGUGCAAAUCAAAUACCCAAAUGUUAUAAUAUUGUCUAUUUACCAGAUCUGAACAUUUCCAAUCAAUAUACAUGUAUUGAGCUGUUACAUAACUUUAAGAACUGACUUGAUAAUCUCUACAAUCACUUACCACUAUAAAUUAUGCAGGUAUAUAGACAUGGUUAUCCAUUCAACUUACUGUCAAUGUAGAAUUUGGGGACAUAUUGUUAAACCCACAUGGAAACUGAAAGUUUGUAUUUUUUCGGAAAAAGUAUCACAGAGCUAAAGCAGCGGGACGAUUUACCCAAUACCACCCGAAUACCACUCCAAUAUCACAACAUACAUACUACCAAAUACUUCAACAUAAUUGUGCAAAAUGAGCAUAUUACUUGAUUGUUUUCAAAAAUAGUGAGAUAUAUCGUGGGAAAUGUACUUCAAUUGUGAUUACCGAUGUCUUGGCUGUUCCAUUUACCUGCCUAUAUCACCCAAAUCAAGCAAAUAAUAACCAAA